UCCCCCCUCAAAAACAGAUUCAACAAACUGAAACCCCCAAUUGCCCCACCAACUAUUAAAAACCCCCAAAACCACCGCAUCUCCGCCGCGCCGCCGCCGCCACGAUGUCGAGGGACGUGUCGGCGUGCAACUCCUACAACUACGGCGACGCCAUGUACUGGGACACCCGCUACGUACAGGAGGCGGAGUCCGGCUCCUUCGAUUGGUACCAGCGUUACUCGUCUCUCCGCCCAUUUAUUCGUAAAUACAUCUCCCCCAAUUCUCGCGUGCUUAUGGUUGGCUGCGGAAAUGCCGUUAUCUCGGAGGACAUGGUUAAAGACAGUUACGAAGAUAUAAUGAACAUCGACAUUUCAUCUGUUGCGAUUGAGUUGAUGAGAAAGAAGAACGAGGGCAUACCUCAAUUGAAAUACAUGAAAAUGGAUGUUAGAGAUAUGAGUUUCUUCCCCGACGAUUCGUUUGAUAGCGUCAUAGAUAAAGGGACUCUUGAUUCGUUGAUGUGUGGUACCGAUGCUCCAAUUAGUGCUUCUCAAAUGUUGGGGGAAGUAAGCAGGCUUCUUAAACCUGGAGGAGUGUAUAUGUUGAUAACAUACGGUGAUCCUACUGUGCGGAUGCUACAUAUAAACCGGCCGGUUUACAAUUGGAAAAUCGAAUUAUACAUUAUACCUAGACCGGGCUUUGAAAGGCCCGAUGGAUCGACUGCUUCAAAGUCAAUCUUCGAGCCUGUACCUAUCACAGAAAAAGGUCUACUCCCUCCAGAUUACGUUUACGAAGAUCCAGAUUCUCAUUUCGUUUAUGUCUGUAAAAAGAUCGAUGAAAUUAGUGACGACGGCGCAUUCAAAGAAGAGAAUGAGAUAAUAAUAAUAUAACAUGGGGUAUACAGAUUUUCCUUAAUUUGCUUUUUCAUGUACACUUUAUAUUAUAUGGAUUAGUUCCAUAAAUAUGUUAUAACAAACUUGUUAUUAAUUUUUUUCAACAUGUAAUAAUGUAACCUAUGCUUUAGUUUU